UGAGAAGAACAAAGUGUUGUCACCUCCAAUGGCCUCCAUUUUUAAUCACACUCGAGAGCUGCAACAAUCUCUUGGACAUUAUGUUAGAUGUCAAAGUUACUUUCUACUCCCCGGGGAACGUAGUUUGUCUGAUGGUUUCAGAGGUUUCUUAUACUUUCUCGGUCUUGCAUACUGUUUCAUCGGCUUGUCAGCGAUCACCGCAAGGUUCUUUAAAUCCAUGGAGAAUGUCGUUAAACAUUCGCGUAAAGUGGUUUCAAUGGAUCCAGUUACCAAAGCUCAAGUCAUCACGUACAAGAAAGUUUGGAACUUCACUAUCGCAGACAUCAGUUUGUUGGCGUUUGGGACUAGCUUUCCUCAGAUUUCUUUGGCUACCAUUGAUGCAUUUCGGAACAUGGGGGAGCGUUAUGCUGGAGGUCUUGGUCCUGGAACACUUGUUGGCUCUGCUGCAUUUGAUCUUUUCCCAAUCCACGCUGUUUGUGUCGUGAUGCCUAAAGCUGGGGAAUUGAAAAAGAUAUCCGACUUGGGCGUUUGGCUUGUCGAGCUUGUUUGGUCUUUUUGGGCUUACAUUUGGCUCUACAUUAUCCUCGAGGUUUGGUCACCAAAUGUAAUUACUCUUGUGGAGGCAUUAUUAACAGUAGUUCAGUACGGUUUACUUCUAGUUCACGCGUAUGCGCAAGACAAGAGAUGGCCUUACUUGUCUUUACCCAUGUCAAGAGGUGAUAGGCCAGAGGAGUGGGUUCCAGAGGAGGAGAUUGAUACAUCCAAAGAUGACAAUGACGUGUAUUCAGAUGCAGCUCAACGAGCUGUUGAGAUGGGAAACAGAAACAUUGUUGAUAUCUUCUCUAUUCAUUCAGCUAACAACAAUGAUUCAGGGAUCACUUAUCAUACAGUGGCAGAUACUCCAGCAGGAUCUUCCACUAAGAGGGGUAAGGCCAAGAAUGCUACUUUUUUCUACAUUUGGAAAAGUCAAUUCGUGGAUGCAAUCACUUUGGAAACAUCGGAAUCAAAGAAAGUUGAUAGCAUUUACCUCCGAAUCGCGAAAUCUGUGUGGCAAUUACUCCUUGCUCCUUGGAAAAUACUUUUUGCAUUUGUUCCUCCUUGCAACAUUGCUCACGGUUGGAUCGCUUUUAUCUGUUCACUUCUUUUCAUCAGCGGAGUAGCCUUUGUCCUCACAAGACUUACCGACCUUAUAAGCUGUGUCACUGGUAUAAACCCAUAUGUGAUAGCAUUCACAGCACUCGCAGGUGGAACUUCAUGGCCAGAUUUAGUAGCAAGCAAAAUUGCUGCAGAGCGGCAACUCACUGCAGAUUCAGCUAUAGCAAACAUCACCUGCAGUAACUCGGUGAACAUAUAUGUGGGGAUUGGAGUUCCAUGGCUGAUAAACACAGCAUACAACUACUUUGCAUACAGAGAGCCUCUAUACAUAGAAAACGCGAAAGGACUAAGCUUCUCUCUGCUGAUAUUCUUUGCGACAUCAGUUGGAUGCAUAGCGGUGCUUGUGUUGAGAAGGUUGAUUAUAGGAGCUGAGCUUGGUGGUCCAAGGCUGUGGGCUUGGCUUACUUCUGCUUAUUUCAUGAUGCUUUGGGUCGUCUUUGUUGUUCUGUCUUCUUUGAAAGUUUCAGGCAUCAUAUAG